AUGUCUUCAAAUCAAAAUACCUUACAAUUCCAAGAAAAUAUUGAGGCUGAAACAGGCAACGAGAUAAAUCGUACCCGACUUGUUGCGCUUGCUGUCAAGGAAGCUAUUUCAGUAGCUAGCCAGCAAGACUGGGAAGCUGCUUGUAGAAUGAUAUUACAACAUAAAUUACUCACUUGGUCAGAAAAGAAUACAAUCGUUGUUCCUGCAGGUCAUUUAAUCGAACAAUCAUCAUAUUGUUGA